GAUUUGCUCAAAGAAACUGCUUGGAAUCUGGUGGUUGGGGUCCCCCUAAUUAUACCAAUUGUAGAAGAAUUAAUUUGAUUGGCUUGAAACGCGAAACUGACGAUGUUAAAGAAGGUAAAUUAGUGACAACUCCAGAAAGAACACUAGAAACUCUAGCUAAUCUAACAACAGAUGGGGAACAGUUUGCAGCUGGUGAUGUUGAAGUUUCAGUUCAGAUAUUGAUGGAUGUUGUUGAUAUUACUAAUGAUGACCCCAAUGUUGUUAUCGGCAAACCCGAAUUAAAGAAUUUUGCCGAAUCAGCGAGUAACAUAUUAGAUGCUGAUGAUGAAGAAUGGAUAACUUUAGCUGAAGAGGGUAAGAGUGGAAUAGCUGUGAUGAUGGACACUGUUGAUGCAAUGGCAAAACUCUCCAGUUCCAGACUAAAAAACUCAGAAUCCAUAACAGCUUCUACAGAUAAAAUGGGCGAUUUGACUGAUAUUGAAUUUCCCAAACCAGCUGCAUCAACUUAUCCAGAAUGGUUGAAAUCCUCAUCUAAUAAAGCUUUAGUAAAGAAAGAUACACUAGGCGACUAUUAUGAAGAUAACAAAGAUAUAGGUUAUAAUGCCGUAUUUUAUAAUGACAUUUCGAAAAUUGUUGAAGGCAAAAUUCUGUAUCCUGGAGACACCAUCGACAGUCAAAAGAAUAAAACAGUAGAUAUCAACAGUAAAAUAUUAGCCUUCUCAAUAAAUCCACCACCAACAGGCAAACUAGAUCCACCUAUAGAACUUAGUUUUCAACAUUUAUCAGAUAAUUAUUCAUCUCCUACCUGCGUGUUCCUAGAUCUGAAAGCUCCAUAUGAUAAGAGAGGACGGUGGUCAACUGAAGGUUGUAAGACAGAAUCCACAUCAAAUCCUAAUGUUACCAUCUGUAAAUGUGAUCACUUAACUAACUUUGCUAUACUGAUGAGUCCUGGUAAAACGCCAAUUAAGCACAUACAAGCGCUAAGUAUAAUAUCAGCUGUUGGUUGCGCUAUUUCAAUGUGUUGUCUUCUGUUUACGAUCGUUGUUUAUGUUUAUUUGUGGAGAUAUGUAAAGAGUGAUAAAGCUAUUAUACUACUGAAUCUGUGUGUUACGUUGAUUAUAGCUUAUAUUAUAUUUCUCGUUGGUGUUAACAGAACAGAUAUAAAGCCUUUUUGUCAGACAGUGGCUGUAUUACUCCAUUUCUUCUUUCUGGUGGUGUUUUUCUUGAUGUUAGCAGAAGGUAUUCCUGUGAUCAUAAUUGGUGUAUCAUUAGCUGUCACCCAAUUAGAAGGUUAUGGAAAUGAUGAUUAUUGUUGGUUGUCGUUAGAAUCUGGAUUAUUGUGGGCAUUUGUGGGUCCUGCUUUAGCUGUUAUAUUGGUAAAUACGAUAAUAAUGAUUAAGGUAUUAACAGUUAUGUUUAGUACAACUACCAUGGUGACUAAAAGUAUGAAAGAAAAGGGGAGUCACGAUGCUUUCAAUCAAUGCUUUAUGAAUAUGUUGUAUGAUACAGGUCAUCUAUUUUAG